AUGAUUCGAGUACCUAGCUAUGUCCCCCUAGGUCUCCGGGCCUUGGGGUUGGGGCCGGUGAGUCCAGCAGUCUAUAUUAAGCGAGCAUACCUGAGCUCCAAUGAACUAAGUCAGGACCAGAUCGACAAAGCACGUACUUGGUUGGAGUCUUUCCAACCCGACAAGAUUCCAAGGCACAUCUUUGAAAUAACCUACAGCAGGGCAUCGGGACCCGGUGGGCAGAAGGUCAAUAAGACCUCGUCGAAGGCCACGAUCUCCAUGACGGAAAACGAGUGGUUGGACCCUAAGGCGUGUUUCUGGAUUCCAUUUGCAGUAAGAACAAAACUAUCACAACAGCCUCUAAGAUACCAGACCAAGUCUGGGGGGAUUGUGGUUCAAUGUGACACUUUCCGUACCCGGGAGGUCAACACCGAUGAGUGUUUCAAGAGAUUGCUACAGGAAAUCAGGGAGAAUGUUCAUUUUGCUGCUGAACCUACAGAAGAAGAUAAGAAACGAUGGGAAGAGAUCAAGGCAGACAGAAAGGAAAAGAGGCUUUUCAACAAAAAGAAACAGAGUGACAAGAAGAAAAGUAGAUCAAAGAGCUUUGACUAUUGAAGUGUAUAUAGUAAUAGAAUUUGUAAUUAGC